AUGGGUACUAAGGUGCCAGACUUGUCUGCCUGUGAGAAAUUUGAUGGUUCAGAAGCUGCCAGCCGAAUCCGGAUGGGAUCUGGACAAAUUGCCAGAAUCAAAGUCAUCCGUGCCAUCAAUAUACUAGCCAGAGGCGAUGUGGCCACUUACCUUGAUUCAGACACCAAACUGAGCGAGAUCAUCACGAGAGCAUCCGAGAACCAGGCAUCUCGGGAAGACCUGACGACCCUGGAACAAUGCUUGAAAGUGAGAUAUCCUUCCAAAUCCGUCGGCAGCUCCAUCCUGGAAACAGACGACUUGACUCGCAUCGCCCAGCGAGAUGACGAGCCCCUCUCCCAAUAUUAUAACGCGUCCAGAGUGUCUUCCGACAGGCCGGUGGCAGAGACCGCCCCCGGACAGGAAACAUUGACCUCAUGCCAGUCGAGACGACCUUGCUGA